ACAGGAGCUCCAGGUGUGGAUCCUGACACCCAGAGGCCACGCCCCUUGUCCAGCAUGAACAUGUUCAGGAGAGAUUUAGGCUCGACAGCGCCGACUCCAGCGGUUCCACCCAGACCAAGCAAGGAGGAUAUGGACAACCCCAUCACGCACAGCCUGAGCGGACAGGACGUGGGGACAACCGCAGCCUCGCGGGAAAACAGCAGUGAGAUCAACCCAAAGCCCAAGAGGGCGGGGGUGAUGGGAGUUAUGCAAAAGGUCAACCCAUUCAAGUCUACGUCGCAGGCCUCCUCCUCCACCUCCUCCACCUCCUCCUCCUCCUCUUCGGUCAGCAAAGCUCCUUCCUCAGAAACACUAGAACAGGAAACAGACUUAACACGGAACCCUGGUGUGCUGAAAGGGGUCAUGCAGAAGGUCAACCCAUUCAAGUCUACCUCCCAGGUCACAAAAGCUCCGUCCUCAGAGUCACUGGAACAGGGAAGAGUUUCAGACUCUAGUCAGAGCCCUGGUAUGUUGAGAGGGGUGAUGCAGAAAGUCAACCCGUUCAAGCCUUCCACACAGGCGCCAAAGGGCGAUCCUCCAAAUGAUGCAGGAGAUCCAGCCGAGACAGAAAAAGAAGUUCAGGGCAAACAGAAUCCAGGGAUGAUCGCGGGAAUGAUGCAGAAAGUCAACCCGUUCAAAUCCUCACAGCCAAAGGAUACCCAGUCUCUACACAGUGACCUCUCCUCCAGCAGUGGAAGCUUGGCAGACAAUAACAACUUCCCAGAGAAGCAGAAUCCAGGGAAGAUCGCGGGAAUGAUGCAGAAAGUCAACCCGUUCAAGUCCUCACAGCCAAAGGAUACCCAGUCUCUACACAGUGACCUCUCCUCCAGCAGUGGAAGCUUAACCGACAACAACAACUUACCAGAGAAGCAGAACCCUGGCAUGUUCAAAGGGAUGAUGCAGAAAGUGAAUCCCUUCAGGUCUUACACUCAGACACCAGCUGGGUUUUUACUUGCGGUUUUGUUGUUGAUCCAGAUGCCAGACGAGGAGUGUCAAACAGACUCUGCGGUGCCAAAAACAUCUUCCUCAUUUAAGACACAGGACAAAAAAGCAAUUGACGGAGAGAACUCCAGCAGCUCUGAAAGCUUGGAUGAUAGCACCAUAGAGAGACAUACUAUUUGGUACACCGAUGCCGACACCAGCUGUGAAGUGAAAAACCAGCCAACAGCGGCACCGAAGAGAAGAACUAUGACUUUCAGAAUAAAGAGGAUUCUGCCGACUGCGCUGUUUGGAUCCGGAACGAAGGACUCGGCAACAGCGUCCUCCGACACUCCCCAGGAGACGGUGGAAGUGCAGACGCUGGAGUUGGCUGAAGGAACAGUCCUGGACCCUCUAGACGACGAGGAUGGCCUUUUAGCGUGGUGGGGAACAGUAGAAGGUUGGGAUGAGUGGAAUGACGGAAACCAGGAUGAAGAAGCUGAAGACGUGGUGGAAGAAGCAGCCGAUCGCGUCUUCAUGGCGGCUCGUCUUUUUGUUCGGUUCUUCAACCAGCGUGGCGGCUCACUCCAGCAGCGUAUCCUCGAGCUGCUCUCUUUGGCCGAUGCAGCUGACACAUUCCACAAAAAAACCGUCACGGCCAGUGUCGGCGGCGGGGUGGCGAGCGUGGCAGGCUCGAUCACCACCAUCACGGGCCUCAUUCUGGCGCCCUUCACGGCGGGAACGUCGCUCAUUGUCACGGCCGUGGGCAUCGGCAUAGCUACGGCGGGCGGCGUGGCAUCGGCUUCGGCCAACAUCACGGACACGGUCCAUUCGAAGACGGACCGCAAGAAGGUGGAGAAGAUGAUCCAAGACUACGAGGAGGAGAUAAAGGACAUCAAGGAGUGCCUGGAGUUUCUGCAGGAAGGGAUGGAGACACUUGAAGAGUGGAACUUUGAGAAGUACGCUGAAGCCAUCUCAAAGAAGCACCUCAACCAAAACAUCAAACAUGUAAUGAAGGAGGGCGGCCGGGCUGGCAAGGCUUUAAUGAUCAACACAGAGAGCCUGAUUAGCACUGUUCAGGUCCUCAGCGUCGCAGGAGGCGCCGCCAAAGCCGCCCAGGUGAUGAGCGUCACCACCGGGGUUAUGUCGGGCCUCUUCCUGGCUCUCGACGUCUUUUUCCUGGCCAAGGACUCUGUGGAGCUCAGAAAGGGCGCGAAGACAGAGUUUGCUACCAAGAUCCGAGAAGUUUGUAAGGACUUGCAGGAGGGGCUGCUGGAGCUGAACCGGAUCAAGGAACAGCUGCAGAUGACCAUGGAUGGGAUAGAGGUGGAGGUAGAGGAGGAGGAAGUGGAUGAAAACCUCUUGAAGUCUGAACUGAAGAAGCUUGUCGAGCUUGAAGAAUAAAGGACAAACCGAAGCCUCACUCUUAAAAACUACUUUUCAAAAAGUUUUAACAGAAAUAGCGUCGUAGUUUUUUGGUGUUUGGGAGUUUUUACAGUCACUCAACUAUUACUGGAACUUUUUCUUCCAAGAACUGUUUUGGAAUAAUAUAUUUUAAGUAUUUAUAUUAUUUAAAGUAGUUAUUUUAAUUAUCAUGUGUCAUUUGGUAAAUGGAUGCCAGUUUCUUUAAUAAAAAUAUUUUCCUGCCAUUUUUUUU